GACACAGGAGGUGAGAAACAAGACACCAAGAACACAGCCAUGGCCUCCAAUCUGUCCCUUCUGCUUCUGGUGCUGGGCUAUCUGACUGUGGCUCAGGCCCAGAUCAGGCUGUAUAACCUGCGUGCCAGCAAUCUCCCCGCUGACAUUUUGGGGACCACGGAUGGCUAUGUCAAGGUGUUUUGUGGCCCCGCCUCUUUGGGUAAAACAGCAGUGCGUAAUAACAAUGUUAAUCCUUGGUGGACGGAGGAGUUCUCCUACUUCAAGGCCCAGGAAAAUGAUGUGUUGAGGCUCGAGGUUUACGACAGAGAUGUUCUCUUUGACGAUCUGCUGGGAGUGUGCCAGAGACAGCUCCGACCUGGAACACACGAGCAUGACUGCUUCCUGAAGAAAGGUGGAACCCUCCAUUAUGCCUACACCCUCAGCACCAGCCAUCAAUAAGCAUCUAGUCCUAAUCAUGUUCCCCUUUUGCCCUUCCUGAGUGCCUUGGAAAAAUGUUACACUAUUCAGUUCUCAUUUUACAGGACAAACUAUUUGCAUCUGUAAGAACAAAUACAACAUAAUGUUGUCAAAGGGAAAUAAAAUCAGUUCCA